AUGUCGAAGACGCUGAAGAAGAAGAAGCACUGGCUCAGCAAGGUGCAGGAGUGCGCGGUGUCCUGGGCCGGGCCCCCAGGCGACUUGGGCACGGAGAUCCGCGGCGGCGCAGAGCGCGGCGAGUUCCCCUACCUGGGGCGGCUCCGCGAAGAGCCCGGCGGCGGCGGCGGCGGCACCUGCUGCGUGGUGUCUGGCAAAGCGCCCAGCCCGGGCGAUGUGCUGCUAGAGGUGAACGGGACGCCGGUCAGCGGGCUCACCAACCGGGACACGCUGGCUGUCAUCCGCCACUUCCGCGAGCCCAUCCGUCUGAAGACGGUGAAGCCAGGCAAAGUAAUUAAUAAAGAUUUGCGACACUACCUGAGUCUUCAGUUUCAGAAAGGAUCAAUUGACCACAAACUGCAGCAAGUGAUCAGAGAUAAUCUCUACUUGAGAACCAUUCCAUGUACAACAAGGGCUCCCAGGGAUGGGGAAGUUCCAGGGGUGGACUAUAAUUUCAUUUCUGUUGAACAGUUUAAAGCACUGGAAGAGAGCGGAGCAUUAUUAGAAAGUGGAACGUACGAUGGAAAUUUCUAUGGCACUCCCAAGCCUCCAGCAGAGCCUAGUCCUUUUCAGCCAGAUCCGGUUGAUCAGGUCCUCUUUGAUAAUGAGUUUGACACAGAAUCACAAAGAAAACGAACUACAUCUGUCAGCAAGAUGGAAAGAAUGGACAGCUCUCUUCCUGAAGAAGAAGAAGAUGAGGACAAGGAAGCUGUUAAUGGCAGUGGAAACACAGAAAACAGAGAGAUGCGUUCUGAGUCAUCUGACUGCUGGAUGAAGACUGUUCCAAGUUAUAACCAAACAAAUAGCUCCAUGGACUUUAGAAAUUAUAUGACAAGAGAUGAGAAUCUGGAACCACUACCUAAAAACUGGGAAAUGGCCUACACUGACACAGGAAUGAUCUACUUCAUUGACCAUAAUACUAAGACAACCACCUGGUUGGAUCCUCGUCUCUGUAAGAAAGCCAAAGCCCCUGAAGACUGUGAAGAUGGAGAGCUUCCUUAUGGCUGGGAGAAAAUAGAGGACCCUCAGUAUGGGACAUACUAUGUUGAUCACCUCAACCAGAAAACCCAGUUUGAAAAUCCAGUGGAGGAAGCCAAAAGGAAAAAGCAGCAAGGACAGACUGAAAUUGGUCCUGCAAAACCAGAUGUGGAAAAAUCUCACUUUACUCGAGAUCCAUCCCAACUUAAAGGUUUCCUUGUUCGCGCAUCCCUGAAAAAAAGCUCAAUGGGAUUUGGUUUUACCAUUAUUGGUGGCGAUAGGCCUGAUGAAUUCUUACAAGUGAAAAAUGUGCUAAAAGAUGGUCCUGCAGCUCAGGAUGGGAAAAUUGCACCAGGUGAUGUUAUUGUAGACAUCAAUGGGAACUGUGUCCUUGGUCACACCCAUGCAGAUGUUGUCCAGAUGUUUCAGUUGGUACCUGUCAAUCAGUAUGUAAAUCUCACUUUAUGUCGUGGUUAUCCACUUCCUGAUGACAGUGAAGAUCCUGUUGUGGACAUUGUUACUGCUACCCCUAUCAUCAAUGGACAGUCAUUAACAAAGGGAGAGUCAUACAUGAACCCUCAGGAUUUUAAGCCAGGAGCAGUGGUUCUGGAUCAAAAUGGAAAAUCAGGACAAAUCUUGACCAGUGAUCGUCUCAAUGGUCCAUCAGAUUCAAGUGAACAGAGAACAUCCCUGGCAUCAUCAGGCAACUCCCAGCCUGAACUGGUGACUAUCCCUCUGAUUAAAGGCCCCAAAGGCUUCGGAUUCGCAAUUGCUGACAGCCCAACUGGACAGAAGGUGAAAAUGAUACUGGAUAGCCAGUGGUGUCAAGGCCUUCAGAAAGGGGAUAUUAUUAAAGAAAUUUACCAUCAAAAUGUGCAGAAUUUAACACAUCUCCAAGUGGUAGAAGUGCUAAAGCAGUUCCCAGUAGGUGCAGAUGUGCCAUUACUUAUCUUGAGAGGAGGUCCUCCUUCACCAACUAAAACUGCCAAAAUGAAAACAGAUAAAAAGGAAAAUUCAGGAAGUUUGGAGGCCAUAAAUGAACCCAUUCCCCAACCUAUGCCUUUUCCACCCAGCAUUAUCAGGUCAGGAUCCCCGAAAUUGGAUCCUUCGGAGGUCUACCUGAAAUCUAAGACUAUAUAUGAAGAUAAACCACCAAACACCAAAGAUCUGGACGUUUUUCUUCGGAAACAGGAAUCAGGGUUUGGCUUUAGGGUUCUAGGAGGUGAUGGACCUGACCAGUCUAUAUAUAUUGGAGCCAUUAUUCCCCUGGGAGCAGCUGAAAAGGAUGGUCGACUUCGUGCUGCUGAUGAACUAAUGUGCAUUGAUGGGAUUCCUGUUAAAGGGAAAUCACACAAGCAAGUCUUGGACCUAAUGACCACUGCUGCUCGAAAUGGCCAUGUGUUACUAACUGUCAGGAGAAAGAUCUUCUGUGGAGAGAAACAACCUGAGGAUGACGGCUCUCAAGCUUUCAUUUCGACACAGAGUGGAUCUCCCCGCCUGAAACAAGCAGAUCUCCUAGCCAGACCUGCCCCCCAGGAGGCCUAUGAUGUUAUCUUACAGCGAAAAGGAAAUGAAGGGUUUGGUUUUGUCAUCCUUACCUCUAAAAGCAAGCCACCUCCAGGAGUUAUUCCUCAUAAAAUUGGCCGAGUCAUAGAAGGCAGUCCAGCUGAUCGUUGUGGAAAACUGAAAGUUGGAGAUCACAUCUCUGCAGUGAAUGGGCAGUCCAUUGUUGAACUGUCCCAUGAUAAUAUUGUUCAGCUGAUCAAAGAUGCUGGGGUCACAGUCACACUGACAGUCAUUGCUGAAGAAGAGCAACAUGGUCCACCAUCAGGAACAAACUCAGCCAGGCAAAGCCCAGCACUGCAGCAUAAGCCCAUGGGACAGUCACAGGCUAACCAUAUACCUGGAGACAGAGCUACCCUAGAAGGUGAAAUUGGGAAAGAUAUCUCCACUUCUUACAGACAUUCCUGGUCUGACCACAAGCAGCUUGCACAGCCUGACACUGCAGUAAUUUCAGUUGUGGGUAGUCGGCACAAUCAGUGCCUUGGGUGCUACCCAGUAGAACUGGAGAGAGGCCCUCGGGGCUUUGGGUUCAGUCUCCGAGGGGGGAAGGAGUACAACAUGGGACUCUUUAUCCUUCGCCUUGCUGAGGAUGGCCCUGCCAUCAAAGAUGGCAGAAUUCACGUGGGCGACCAGAUUGUUGAAAUCAAUGGGGAACCUACACAAGGCAUCACACAUACUCGAGCAAUUGAGCUCAUCCAGGCUGGCGGAAAUAAAGUCCUUCUUCUUCUGAGGCCAGGAACUGGCUUGAUACCUGACCAUGGUGAUUGGGAUGUUAAUAAUCCUUCAUCUUCCAGUGUCAUUUAUGAUGAACUGCCACCACUUCUUCCAUCUUCACAUUCUGCUUCCACAUUUGAAGAGUCUCAUGUGCCACUGACGGAAGACUCUCCGAUGAGAGUUCAGAUAUGUGAAAAGACAGAAGAACUAAAGGACACUGUAGCUGAAAAGAAAAGCACUUUAAAUGGAAAUCAGCCUGAGAAGUAUCAGUUUCUUCCCCAGAAAAAUGUGAACAAGAGCGAUCCACCCAGUAGUCAGGGGCCCAGUGACAAGACGAAUCUACCAAAAGGAGAGAAUGGUGUUACACGAAGAGGUAGAUCUGCUAGUCCCAAAAAGUCAGCUAAUCGGUAUGCAGGGGAACAUUUGGAAAAGAUUUCUAGCCCUCUAAAAAAUGACCCCAAAGGAAAACCCAGAGAUCGAUCAGUUAGCCCUAGAAAAGGAGAGAAUAAAAGUCAGAUCAUCACCAAGGCAGGUUCUGGACAAGGUCAUUACAGAAAAGGCAGAGGGCGGUCUUCUAGCCCAAAGAAACAGCAAAAGAUUGAAGGAGGCAAAGGCCCAUCAAACACUGAAAACAGAUUAUCAGAGGGUGGAAGCCGAAGAGCAGUGGGCCACACUAGUGACAGUGCUGAACAGCUCCCAGAUGGGAAAAAAAAAUCAGGGGUUGUCAGGAAAGAUCUGAAGCACAGUCAGCUGGGAAAAAACAGAGCAAGGUCUCCAGAGAAGAGCGAGAGAAUGGAUGAAAAUAUUCUUCCAUCCAAAAAUACCAGUAACAGUGCUAGUAGGGUAGAUUCUGAAAACGAAAAAGGAAAGAAGGCAACCGCAGGAGAAACAGGUUCCAGUAAAGAUAAGAUGGGAGAAAAGGUCCAGGUGUCAGAAAAGAAGCUGAAGCAGGAACCUGAAGAGAGGAUGGUGUUGAGUAAAACAAAUGAUCACAAAAGGAAAGAACCAGAGGGGGCGGGCAGAUGGAAGGAGGGUGCAGGGGGCAAACCUGAAAGCUCUCCAGUUAGGAAAGCACCCAUAACACCAGGGCCCUGGAAGGUGCCAAGCUCAAAUAAAGUGACAGGCAGUACUGGUGUGGCUGACAAACAGCUGUAACCUUCCAUACAAAACAAAGAAAAAUAAGUUGUAAUCUUUUCUUUAAAAAAAGAAUUUUUUUCCCCUCAAAUUCUGAAACACUUAAGUAGGUUUAAAUUGGAGCAUCAAGGUAGCAAGACUGCAUGAAGGGCCUCUGGGUUGCCAAGACCUGCAGUUCCCUGGCCGGCUACCCUCCCCUCACGCUCAGGAAGGAGCUGCAUGCUCAUUUGACAUGCCUGCUCAGCUCAGCACCGAGAGUGUCUGAACAAAUAACAUGCUGAUAUUAACAGUGUGGUCACAACUCACUUUGUAUUCGUGCCAAGUUAUCUACUGUAUCAUGUCUGUUUAUCCUUCCCAUUCAGAUAUUUCCAGUCAUGAAACAGUUUAGUUUGGCUUGGAAGUUGAUGUUUUCAAAUAGCAUGUUGCAUGUUUACAGAGAGAAGUAUUUGAGUUCUUGCAGACAAAGAGAUUAUUAGCUCAUCAUUAAAGACUGCACUUGCCUCUUCCAACAGCUACUGAUAGUGUCCUAGUUUUAAAAUAUAACUCAAAAACAUCACUACUUUAAAGGGAAGGUCAAAUAUUGAUGCUUUCUUAUGGCUUUUAAAUUUGCUUAAAUAAGGUGUUUCAAAUAACUGUCCAAAGAUACUCCUUAAAAUGGAAUGUUCAAAAUGAGAAAGUACCUUAAGCAGCAGAAUUGACCGCCUCCUGCCUUGUUAUCCAGCCCACCCUUGUUAUCUCAGACCACCUGUUGUCCUGAGCAACCACAAGGCAGCAUGUGGAAGUACUGCUUGUUUCUCUUUAAAGAAAAACAAUUUCUGGAUAUUCUGAUUAUAUCUGCUACUAAAAUCAUUAGUCUUACAUACAUUAUUUGAAGGGUCAAAAUAUUAUAUAGAUUUUGUGAGGGACUUAAUCAUGAAGCCAGUUUCACAGUUCAUUGCCAAAGCACCAGCUGCCGUGGUACAAAGGAGUUCAUCUGGUGGCAGAUGUGCAAGUUUAGAGGUUUUAGAAGCAGAGCCUUCGUCAGGCCUGCCCUGCAAGUCAGGACUAAUGUGGUAGAAUGUGUGUGUUGGAUUUUAAUUUCUAGCUAUAUUAGCUUUAUUUAAAAAACAAAACCUUUUGAGUUCUUUUCUAAAAGUCUAAUAAAAAUGUUUGCUGGAAGUAGGAGACAAUUUUUAACCUCAUACAGUAGAUCCAGAUUUGUAGUCUCCUAAAGCAGCAGUGAACAGCAUCUAUUACUACAGCCACAUUCUCAGAAUGAAACGAUCUAUGGAGGAUUGGAACACAUUCUGUUACCCUGGGUUCAUCUUGUUGUAAACAAACACAUUAUGUCAGGUCUUUCCUCUGCAAGUCUGACUGUGAAACUCUACUUAACUGUACUGGCCCCUGUAGAUAAUACAUGCUUCCCAGUGUUGAGACUUCUGAAAUCCCCUUCCAUCCAGAACUAUACUUACCCACCCAUCUUAUCUUAACUACUUCAAUAGAACAAAAUUAGGAGGCUUGAUAAAUGCUAAGAAUUUAGUACUACAGAAAUGAUUUAUUUUCCCUAUAAUCCACUAUUAGUGAUACAAAUCCUAUUUUUAUUGUUAACUGUAACACAAUUUUGAUGUCAUAUGUUGUCAGUCUGAUGUGGCUCUUCCUUUCUAAGUAAUCUGUCACUGUACUGAUUCUACACUGACUUAGCAAUGUGGCCUUGGAAUGCUGAGCAAAAUAUGGAUGUAUUGGUUGUAAAUGUUUAUAUAUGUACAGCACCUUUAUAUAUACACUUGAGGUUCUGAUUAGAGAAAGAUCUGUAAAUCGCUCGUUAUUUUUUAUAUAGAUAUUAAAAAAAGAAAAAAAAGUUCAUGCCCUGCUUUUCAUUGACUGUCAGCUUUCCAUGUGUGGAGCUGGUUCCCAUCACCAUCUGAAUCAAAUACAUUUUGUCCCUACAAAUGCAAGUAUUCAAAAUCUUAGAAUCAGAUAGCCUCAAAACAGUGUUCCUUUACCAUGUACACUUGAAUUUCAUAUAUGGAUAAAAGUUUUGAGUUAAGCUG